AUGGUACUACUGCUAAAGUAGUAUUUGUUGGUUACGCCUAAGCUAUCUGAGUAGGGUACUCUUGUGUCAGUGUACGUAAGUGAAGAGCUACUGGCAGGAUUCACAUAAUAACUGUCCAAAUCAUAGUCCCACGACGGCUGCUAAGACCAGUCGAACACCAAUCAUGGCUAUUACUCCAAAUUUGGUUGAUGGCGAGAUACUAUGUCAAUGUGAUCUUCCGAAGCACAUGACUGCUCGGGACUGUGACUCAAGGGAACCUUUUUAUGAUAUACCUUACAGCGUACAGAUAAAUUCCAGCUACUCAAAAAUAUCAUCAUGGCUCAGAGUUGAUAGCCAUAUUCUGAUUUGCCGACCAUGCUUAUGGGUCAUGACAUUACUAGCUGAGAGACAGUGGUGUGUCACUGUCUGGGGAAUGGUCUCGACUUCGUAUUACCUCCAGCCUAUGGCAGCAUUUGUUAAUAUCGCCGCUAGGAUCACCGUUAACCUGAACGUUUUUGGUUUGAGGCCAAUGAGACCAUAG